AUCAGAAAUUUAUGAAAAAAAAAAAACAAAAAAACAUUAAAAGAAAAAAAAAAUGGCUGAUAAAAAUGUACUAGCAAUAUGUCUGAUGUUUCUAGUAGCAUCAAGUGUGGUGUACGAGGCGCAAGGAACGUUCUUGCUAAAGAUGUACUUGAGGAGGAAAAUGUUUCGAAGGGCAAGAGACUUUACACCAUUCGCAUGCAAAGGUAUGUUAUUUUUGAUCAAGAGACUUCGAGGUGGGUGUCCCGCGACUAGAGAAUUCAAGAAAUUCUUUUCACUCUUCACGUCUUACGUUAAAUUCAUCAGCAAUGCCUCGGCCACAUCGAAAAGCACAGAUACACAGAUCACAUCACAAGUUAACGGCCUAGCCAGUGCUAUGUCUGAAUUAACUGCUGUUAAAGGCAGAGCACCGUCGAAUACGGAUUUUAGAGACGCAAUGCUGUCAAUGGGAAAAACUUUGAUUGAGCAGAAGAAAAGUGGUUCACAGAGUACGACAUUUCAGCAAAGGAAAGAGUUGGUCGUGGCUCUGGUGCAAUGGACUAAAACCAUCACUAUACUGGUAAAAACUGCUGUGGAGUUGAGAGUAGGAAAGUCGAUGGAUAUAUCGAAGCUAGGGCUUGACGUUGAUGUUAACUCCAUUGUUGGAAGUGAAAGAAUCCAAACUGGUUCUUCAAACACCAAGACGGGAAGCCAAAGCAACAUAAGCACAUCCGGAAGUGUCACAACCACCAGAUUUACUAAAACAGGAUCAAACAAUCAAACUGGUGUAAGAACUGAAACUGGUUCAUCAAACAUAAAAAACGGAAGUCAAAGCAGCGGUUUAUCACCAUGAGUCAGCCUCGUUGCCUAAACUGGAAAAUCUCUGCCGAAGAAGAAAGAAAUAGAUGUCGCGUUUAGGAAAUCCUUUGUUUCUCUAUAAUAAUCCCUUAUAUAUAUUAUUUCCUCCCUUUUUUAAUAUUUGAAGUUGUAGAUAAUUUUUUUGUUUGUUCCAGAUUAGAUGAUAUUUUCAAUUAACAAUACAAAAUUUAAAAA